AUGCAACAAUGGCUCCUGAUUUUCCUCUGCGGCUCCGCGUAUCCCUUCUCUUCGCUUGCCUUACUGCGCUGUCACAUUCACAUCGCUUGCUCUCUCAACCACCCCGUUUCUUUCUUCUCUCCAACUGUGCUAAUCUUGUCGCAGGUGCUUCUUCUUGUUGUUGCAUUACUGUCGCAACCGAAUCUCGUGCCUGCUACCACCAACAACACGACAUUUCCCACAGCACUUCCGGUAGGAAACGGGACGGAAUCCGUUCCUGCUAACUCCACAUCCACACAGCGACAAGUAACGACACCCACAGAGGCUUCGCCGUCAGGGGCAUUCGCCGCGAGCGAAUCAGCUCAUGCGGGCGCGCAACCACCCUCCGCUCCCGCAGCCACUGCCCCGCUGCGAGCGGAAGUGGCGCAAGCGGCGCAAGCGGAACUGGCAGGGAGAGGCUCUGUGCUGCGCAAACGGAAGCGGGUGGCGGAAGACCCGCUGGGGAAUCAGGACGCCCCGGCUGGGGGGAAUAUGAGCGCCUUGGGGAGCGGGUGGGGGGAUGGUGACGGAGAGGAGCGAAGGAUCGGGACAGGAGAAGAGAUGUGGGAUGUGAAAUAUCAUUACGGGUCAAGAGAGGACGAAGAAGCGGAUUUAGCGGGUAUGAAGGGGAUGGUUAAGAAAAGGGCAGGGGAAGUGGAGGACGGGGAGGAGGGUAACGAUGCAGGGAGUGUGGACGAAGGGUUGGAAACUGUUUUGAAUUAUGACGUAGGGAGUGAGGAAGAGGGGGCGGUAACGGAAAGAUGGGGCGGUGGGGAGGAGGGGGAAGAGUGUGAGGAGGACGAAGAGGAGAAAGAGGAAGUAGAUAAUUACGGGUCAAGAGAGGACGAAGAAGCGGAUUUAGCGGGUAUGAAGGGGAUGGUUAAGAAAAGGGCAGGGGAAGUGGAGGACGGGGAGGAGGGUAACGAUGCAGGGAGUGUGGACGAAGGGUUGGAAACUGUUUUGAAUUAUGACGUAGGGAGUGAGGAAGAGGGGGCGGUAACGGAAAGAUGGGGCGGCGGGGAGGAGGGGGAAGAGUGUGAGGAGGACGAAGAGGAGAAAGAGGAAGUAGAUAAUUACGAUGACGAUGACGACGACGACGACGACGACGACGACGACGACGAUGAUGACGAUGACGACGACGACGACGACGACGAUGACGAUGACGACGAUGACGACGACGAUGACGAUGACGAUGACGAUGACGACGAUGACGAAGACGACGACGAUGAUGACGACGACGCGAACGACGAAAAUUAUGAAGCUGACGAACACGAAGAGGGUAUGUUCAAAGAGCACUCCUGGGAGCACGAGCCGCAGUUGGGAAUUCUAGACCGGUGGGGACAUGAUGAUGCGGGCGCGGAAAGGAAUCGAUGGCCGAAGGCCUUCGCUAACACAACACUUGAUAAUCGCCUUACUCUCAACAGCAGCAGUAGGAACAGCAGCAGCAGCGGCGGCGGCGGCGGCGGCGGUGACGGCGGCGGCGGCGGCGGCGGCAGUACCGACGCACCUUGGCCAGACAAUAGCACCAGUCCGCUUCAGCCCGAAGCACCCGCUGACAGCCUCUUCACUCGCCGCGCGCUGAGGAAGAUAGCCCGCGCCAAGCGCGCGCCUGCAGUUUCCCCCCGCUGGUGGAGCUCCGCCGCCAGGGGGAAAGCGCCAGGCGCUAAACGGCGACCGGCUGCUAGACGGCCGGUGAAACGACCGGCUGCUAGACGGCCGGUGAAACGACCGGCUAAGGGGAGUCGGCCAGCCGGCACGAGCGGAGGAAAGGGGAAAGGUAAAAUCGUGAGGCGAGCCGCGACGAAGAAGCGCGGCGGACGCACGAGCCGCGGAGUGAGCGCGGCUGCGGCAAAGUCGAAGGGGGCGGUCAAACGGCGGCAGAGCACUAUAAAGCGCCGAGGAGCGAAAAAGGCGCCGCGAAAGACGCCACGGAAGGCGACGCGUAAAGUGACGCGAACCGUGAGAGGACGCGGGACGAGCGGGCAAGGGAAGGCGAGGCGGGGAGGGAGAACGCGCGUGCAGGGCUCAAGCGCGCGGCCACGGAAAACCGCCAAGAAGCGCCCGAGCAGCAGCGCGAGGAGACCGAGUAGCCGAAGCAGGAGCAGCAAGAAGCCAGUAAAGAAAGUUAAGGCAGUCAAGGCAGCGAGCAGCAAGCAGGUGGACUGCCAGUACUCGCGCAAGGGCUUCGGGCAGAACCUGUACCGAUGCGCCAUGGGGUACGCGAAGCGCGCGCGCGUGAUGGGAGGCCUCGGGAAGCCCGUGUAUAUCGUGCGCAGCAGCGCGGACUACGCGACAGUGCCCAAGUACGGUACGCUGCGCUGGGCGCUGCAGUGGCUGCGCGGCGGGUGUUACAUCCGGUUCGCGAAGUCGAUGACGAUUCGCCUGAACGCGCGGCUGUUCGUGCCGUCGCACACGAGCAUCGACGGGCGCGGCGCGUGGGUGAAAAUCAUCGGGAGCCUUGACGUGGUCAAUGUCACGAAUGUGAUUAUACACAAUAUUGCAGUGGAGAACGAGUACGGCAACCACGACCUUAUCCACAUCCGGUCCAGCUGGCGCAUAUGGGUGGACCACUGCAACGUGCAGAACGGCGUACGUGGCACUGUUGACGUUGUGCGGGGUUCCACUGACGUCACCAUCUCCAACUGCUACGUCCACAACAAGGACCUCACAAUGCUGCUGGGAGCGGCAGACUGGGACUCUAUUGACAAGCGCAUGCGUGUAACCAUCUACCGUAACUGGUUCGACAAGUCAGGCCAGCGGUUACCACACUGCCGCUGGGGAGAGUUCCAUGUAGUGAACAACCUCUACACCAACUGGGGCUUCUACUGCUUAGGUGGCCGAGCAUAUGCGAACAUCCGGUCUGAGCGGAAUGUUUUCCUGCCCGGACAACGGAAGGAGGUCACUCCAUGGUUUGGCGUCUCGGCACUGUCUACACCCGGAAGUCCAUUGGCUCGGGCGCUAUCCGUUGCUGCUAUCCGCCCUUGCGCGCGGCCGAAGAUGCAGACGGCUAUUAGAUUCCCCGUGUCCUCGCGCGGGCUAUUCAUUGCGGGGAGUGUCUCUUCCGCGCGUUCUUCCGCGCCCGCGCGGCCACUUCCCCCAGUGGUUGCUCGCUCAGGUGGCGCGGACUCCUCCCCCGGCUCCGUGCAGCCGCCGCCCGCGGGGGCCGCGCAAUCACAGAGUGGAACAAGCAGCGGCCUUUCCGCCUCAAGCCGACCACAAUCCGCCUCCGCCUCUCAGCCCUCGUCCUCCUCCCCUACUCCCCCCUCCUCCCCCUCGCCUCUCUCUCUCCUCUCCUCCCCUCCUCCGUCUGUUUCCGCCAACACCCGCGCUCGCCUAUUCGACUCGCCUUCCUCCACGUCAUACCCCCCUGCCCGCACGCUAGACCCCUUGGAGACAUCGUUCGAGGGCAUCAUGGCGUUUGAUGCGCCGGGGCCUGAGCUCAUCAAUGGCCGCCUUGCCAUGCUGGGAUUCAUAGCAGGGAUGAGUCGGGAGGUGGUGGGCGGGGUGUCACUGCAGCAGCAGCUGGCAGACCCCGGCGAGAUGGGCAUAGCAGCGCUGAUGCUAGCUGCCGUGCUCGUCUCCCUUGCCUCUCUGCCUCCACUGCUCAAGGGAGUUCGACCAGAAGACCGCAGCUUCCUCUUCUUUUCCUGGGAGGCGGAACAGCUGAAUGGACGAGUUGCCAUGCUUGCAUUUAUUGGGGUGUACACUGUUGAGUACAUUGCUAGUGUUCUCUUGCAGUAA